AUGGCCGCCGCGCCUUCUUGUUUUGAUGAAUAAUCUCUGUGUGGGGCAGGGGCAGCGAGCCGGGCAGCGGCCGAGGGGGCAGCCGGGCAGGGCACUGAGUGGGCAGGGCUGAGGCAGGCACUGGCGUCGCCCUUCCUGCAGUAUUGGGGGCAGCAGGAGCUGGGGGCAACAAGGGAAGGAGGCACCUGGAGAAGGGGGGAGAGCAGGAGCUGAGGGCAUCUGAGCUAGGGCUCAGGAGGACGGGGAGCAAGAGCUGGGGCAUAGGAGGCGCCUGGAGCUGGGGCAGGGUGCAGCAGUCGCAGCUGGGGCGCAGGGAGGCAGCAGCCACUGAGAGGACCUGGACCUGGCUUGCUGCUCCUAGCCUGACUGGCAAGCAGAGAGAGGGUGCGUUCUGUAUUGUUGUGCUUCAUCUCUGACUAUGCAAUUCUGAGACACCCCUGGGGCAAGAGGCAGCAGGACCGAAUUCCCCCGAAGCUCCCAUCCCCUAGAGAAGCAAAGAGCCCCCAAACUACUUUCACCAUUAAGAGGAAAGCGAUGGAGGAGCUGAGCGCUGAUGAGAUCCGUCGAAGGCGCCUUGCUCGGCUUGCAGGUGGACCAUCUUCCCAGCCCACUACUCCCCUUACCUCGCCACAAAGAGAGAACCCACCUGGACCACCUGUAGUAGUGCCAGCCCCAGGUCCAUCCCACAAUUUUGGCCUGAAUGUCCAUAGUAUGACCCCAGCUACCUCUCCAAUUGGCGCAUCAGGAGUAGCCCACCGAAGCCAGAGCAGCGAAGGAGUGAGUUCGCUCAGCAGUUCCCCAUCUAACAGCCUUGAAACACAAUCUCAGUCUCUCUCCCGAUCCCAGAGCAUGGAUAUUGAUAGUGUCUCCUGUGAGAAAAGUAUGUCCCAGGUGGAUGUAGAUUCAGGAAUAGAGAACAUGGAGGUCGAUGAGAGCGAUCGCAGAGAGAAAAGGAGCCUGACUGAUAAGGAGCCUCCAUCAGGAUCUGAAGUAUCCGAGGAGCAGGCCUUACAGCUGGUCUGUAAGAUCUUCAGAGUAUCCUGGAAGGACCGAGACAGAGACGUCAUCUUCCUCACUUCGUUCUCUGAGCAAUUUAAGCAGAACCCAAAAGAAGUGUUCUCAGAUUUUAAGGACUUGAUUGGCCAGAUUUUAAUGGAAGUUCUGAUGAUGUCCACCCAGUCGAGGGACGAAAACCCAUUUGCCAGCCUGACAGCCACAUCCCAGCCAAUUGCAGCAGCUGCCCGGUCACCUGACAGAAAUCUGAUUCUAAACACUGGCUCUAACCCAGGAACAAGUCCUAUAUUCUGUAAUGUGGGCUCCUUUGGUUCCAGCUCUUUAUCCAGCGUGGGAGGCUCUGCUGGAGCAAGUGCUUGUGAUUCCUGCAGUGACCAUUUCAGCAUUGAAACUUGUAAGGAGACAGAGAUGCUGAACUACCUCAUUGAGUGUUUUGACAGAGUUGGAAUAGAGGAGAGAAAAGCACCAAAGAUGUGUAGCCAGCCAGCAGUUAGCCAGUUACUGAGCAACAUCCGAUCACAGUGCAUUUCCCAUGCUGCUUUGGUGCUACAGGGAUCCUUAACACAACCAAGGUCUUUGCAGCAGCAGUCUCUGUUGGUACCAUACAUGCUGUGUAGGAAUCUUCCAUUUGGCUUCAUCCAAGAAUUGGUGAGAACAACUCACCAGGAUGAAGAGAUGUUUAAACAGAUCUUUAUCCCUAUCAUACAAGGCCUGGCUCUUGCUUCCAAAGAGUGCUCCCUUGAUAGUGACAAUUUUAAAUAUCCCCUUAUGGCAUUAGGUGAAUUGUGUGAAAUCAAGUUUGGGAAAACACACCCUAUAUGCAGUUUGGUUGUUUCUUUGCCCUUGUGGUUGCCUAAACCUGUAAGCCCAGGUGCAGGACGAGAGUUGCAAAGACUCUCUUACCUUGGAGCUUUCUUCAGUCUCUCUGUCUUUGCUGAAGAUGAUAUUAAAGUAGUUGAAAAAUAUUUCUCAGGGCCUGCCAUUACUCUUGAAAACACGCGGGUUGUUAGCCAGUCAUUGCAGCAUUACCUGGAAUCUGCAAGACAAGAGCUGUUUAAGAUUCUACAUAGUAUUUUGCUGAAUGGUGAAACUCGAGAGGCAGCUCUCAGUUACAUGGCAGCUGUUGUUGAUGCCAACAUGAAGAAGGCACAGAUGCAGACUGAUGAUCGGAUGGUGUCUACAGACGGUUUUAUGCUCAACUUCCUUUGGGUGCUGCAGCAGCUUAGCACGAAGAUAAAGCUAGAAACGGUUGAUCCCACCUAUAUAUUCCAUCCCAGGUGUCGCAUCACUGUCCCAAUGGAUGAGACAAGAGUGAAAGCAACAAUGGAGGAUGUUACAGGCUGGAUGGCUGAGCUUUACAGGGAUCAGUCUCCAUGUUCUGAACCGAAAUUCCCAACGGAAUGCUUCUUCCUAACCCUGCAUGCCCAUCACCUCUCCAUCCUGCCAAGCUGCCGCCGCUACAUCCGUAGACUGCGGGCCAUCAGGGAGCUCAACAGGACUGUGGAAGAUCUGAGAAACAAUGAAAGUCAAUGGAAAGAGUCUCCUCUAGCUACCAGACAUCGAGAAAUGCUGAAACGCUGUAAAACACAACUUAAGAAACUGGUGCGGUGCAAGGCUUGUGCAGAUGCUGGCUUGCUAGAUGAGAACUUUCUGAGGAGGUGUCUGAAUUUUUAUGGUAUGGUGAUUCAGCUGUUGCUUCGAAUCCUCGACCCUGCCUACCCCAACAUAGUACUGCCUUUAAAUCCUGAUGUCCCGAAGAUGUUUGCAGCACUGCCCGAGUUUUAUGUGGAAGAUGUUGCUGAAUUUUUAUUUUUUAUUGUACAAUACUCUCCUCAGGUGCUUUAUGAGCCCUGCACUCAGGACAUUGUGAUGUUCCUUGUUGUGAUGCUGUGCAACCAGAACUACAUCCGAAACCCGUAUCUGGUAGCAAAGCUGGUGGAGGUGAUGUUCAUGACAAACCCAGCUGUUCAGCCACGGACCCAGAAGUUCUUUGAAAUGAUUGAGAAUCAUCCUCUCUCCACUAAAUUGUUAGUCCCCUCGCUGAUGAAGUUUUAUACAGAUGUUGAGCACACUGGAGCCACCAGCGAGUUCUACGACAAAUUUACAAUCCGCUACCAUAUCAGCACCAUUUUCAAAAGCCUUUGGCAGAACAUAGCUCACCAUGGCACCUUCAUGGAAGAGUUCAACUCUGGGAAGCAGUUUGUUCGCUAUAUCAACAUGCUGAUAAAUGAUACAACUUUCUUGCUGGAUGAGAGUCUGGAGUCCCUAAAACGGAUCCAUGAAGUUCAAGAGGAGAUGAAGAACAAAGAACAGUGGGACCUGCUGCCUAGGGACCAGCAACAGGCUCGGCAGUCUCAGCUUGCUCAGGAUGAGCGUGUAUCCCGCUCGUAUCUUGCCCUGGCAACAGAAACUGUUGAUAUGUUCCAUAUCCUUACCAAGCAGGUUCAGAAGCCUUUCCUCAGACCUGAACUUGGACCACGAUUGGCUGCUAUGCUGAACUUUAACCUUCAGCAACUGUGUGGCCCCAAGUGCCGUGACCUGAAAGUUGAAAACCCUGAAAAAUAUGGGUUUGAACCAAAGAAGCUGUUGGACCAACUGACUGAUAUUUACCUCCAGUUAGAUUGUGCUCGCUUUGCUAAAGCAAUUGCUGAUGACCAGAGGUCCUACAGCAAAGAGCUAUUUGAGGAGGUUAUUUCAAAGAUGAGGAAGGCUGGAAUCAAGUCCACGAUAGCAAUAGAAAAAUUCAAACUGCUGGCAGAGAAAGUGGAGGAAAUUGUUGCCAAGAAUGCCCGUGCAGAAAUCGAUUAUAGCGAUGCUCCAGAUGAAUUCAGAGAUCCACUCAUGGACACUCUUAUGACUGACCCUGUGAGGCUGCCAUCUGGAACGAUCAUGGACAGAUCAAUCAUCCUACGACACCUGCUGAACUCCUCCACUGACCCCUUCAAUCGGCAGACACUGACAGAAAAUAUGCUAGAACCAGUGCCAGAACUGAAAGAGCAAAUCCAAGCCUGGAUGAGAGACAAGCAGAACACUGACCAUUAAAAACUCCCUUGCAGUGCACGCCAAGGCCAAUGAGAAGAGCAGGGCAUGGAUUGAUGUAGUGAUGAUGGUGCAUAUAAUCCACUGGAAGCUGAAGACGGAAUUAACUUUCAGGGUGCCCACCACUACUGACUUGUAGUAAUGACCAGAAGCAUGUGGACGAGAAGAAAAGCAGCUUAAUUCUUGUACAUAUAUUUAAGUGAUAACAAUGGUCAAUAGUGUGAAGGACAAAUUAGGAAGUUUCUAAUGUUACAAAACAAAGUCCUUCAAUAUGUCACAAUUUGGGGGUUUUACAGCUGAAUUAUUUUAGCAAAAAUGAAUGGAUCAGGGCAGCAUCCCUUCAACUUUAUUUUUUACAGCCAGAUAUUAAUUAAUUUUGAUUGUGGUUAGAACCUUGGACACUUUGCUGCUAAAAUAACUUUUUUUUCCCUUCCCCCCCCAACCUGCACUGCUGUCUUUUUUUUGGUAAUGAAAACAAAA